CGCUUUAUAAGUAGGAGCAUUUAAAAAUGUCCAGUCUUCCUUCUGGAGUUAAACUUGCACAUUGGAAGCAUCCGGAAGACACAAUAAUGUCCACACGACCAGCGGCUCGUUGCAUGGACGUGAAUGGCGACAUGAUCAUGGUCCACGACCAGGUGAAAGUGGAAGAGGUAGAGGAAGAGCGGACCUGUUACGGACCCCACAGCACUUCAUUUCCCAACAAACCUCAUCCUGAGGGGCUUCAGGCCAAAGCAGCAGCGGGGAGAGAGAACCAUGACCUCGAAAGGUUGGGGAUCGUGAAACAAACACAGGCUUCAUCCUCACCGAGAGACGAUGGCCACCAGGACCACAGUACGUUCACCAUUGCAUUGAGCAACCUGGAGAGAAUGGAUUUCACCAAGAAUUUAACAGAGGAUUAUGCAAAUAUUGAGAAGUUGCUGUCCAAUGAUUGGAAAGACAAGUUGCUGGAGAAGUGUUCAUUGAACAGCAAAGAUAUCAAAGGAACAGCAGAGAGUCUGGCGGAGAAGGAGCUUCAGCUGCUGGUGAUGAUAAACCAGCUGUCCAGCCUCCGAGAGCAACUACUGACAGCUCACGCUGAGCAGAAGAACAUGGCGGCUAUGUUGUUUGAAAAGCAGCAACAGCAAAUGGAACUGGCCAGGCAGCAGCAAGAGCAGAUAGCCAGGCAACAGCAGCAACUCAUCCAGCAACAGCACAAAAUUAACCUUCUCCAGCAGCAGAUUCAGCAAGUUAACCUGCCUUUUGUGAUGAUCCCAGCCUUUCCUCAUAGCCCACAGCCUCUCCCUGUCACCAGUGAUCCUCAGCUGGGUCUCCCUAUACAGCCAGGACUUUCCUGCAAGCCAAGUGACUAUGGCCUACAGUUGUUGACAACUCCCCCGGGAGCCAGGAGAACACCAGGACCGAGCCCUGCCCACUCCCAGGAGGAAGCAUCCCAGCCAUUGAAUCUGACAGCCAAGUCAAAAGGUGGAGACACUUCAAAGUCCCCUUCGCCUCCACAGGCUAAACACAGGAGAGGUCCCUCGCCUUCCAACUUCGCAAUCGCAGCGGAGUUGCAAUGCAGCACGCCGUCAUCCUUGUUAACCAGAGAAAUGAUAAGUAAAGAAGUUUUCUGGAGGAAUCACUGGGGUUAUCCGGUGGAGCAGGAUGCAGUCGGGAAGGCCACACAGAGUCCAAAGCAGAUCUUUCUUGGGAAGAGUCGGGCCAUGGAAAGUCCAGCUGUAAACAAUGGCAGGAAGGAAAAGGACUCGAGGGUUACGGAGUCUCCGCACACAAAGCAAGGAGAUGAUGGCAGAGCAGCAAGUGGGAAUGAGGACUUCAACAUCGGCAAUGAGUCUGAAGGAAAUUUGACUCUUCCUGGGGCAAAAGGCUAUGAAUCCAGAGGCAGCAAUCAUGAGCACAUCAAACGACCAAUGAAUGCAUUCAUGGUAUGGGCAAAGGAUGAACGAAGAAAGAUUCUUCAGACUUAUCCUGACAUGCACAACUCCAGCAUCAGUAAGAUACUGGGAUCCCGCUGGAAAGCCAUGUCAAAUGUCGAGAAGCAACCCUACUACGAGGAACAGGCAAGGCUGAGCCGUCAGCACCUGGAGAAGUAUCCGGACUACAAGUACAAACCUCGGCCAAAGCGGACCUGCAUUGUGGACGGGAAGAGACUGAGGGUUGGGGAAUACAAAGCACUGAUGAAGUACAGACGGCAGGAAGUGCAACAGUGUUACUCUGUCGGGCAACAAGAGCAAGUUCACUUGCACCCCUCAGAAAUGAUGUACCCCGGACAGCUUGGGAUGACCUCUAUCCCGGUACAGCAAGCAGUAUCGGAACAGUAUCGGCCCUGCAGCCCUGAUCCCAACAUGCCUGUGAUCCUGAACACUCGGAGCCUCAAGUCAGAACAGGCAGACCUGAAGGAAUCGCAGCUGUCUGAAGCCAACGGAGAGAUGUACGAGUACGGCGAGGAAGAUGAUUCCGAUGUGGAAUAUCGCAGUGACGGCGAGCACGUAGUCCUGACCGACUAGUGCCAGCCGCGACUCUGUCGGUGAACGUUACCAAUUUGAACCUUUCCAGCAUUAGCCGGGCCAGUGUGUGUCUCCUGUCCUACUCUGGCUGAGCAUUUGAGCAGAGCAACCUGGGGAGGUCUCUCUGAUCAGGUUUGGGAGUGCAGUGGGGGUAUUUGGAGGACUGAGGGGUGGUGGGGGAGGAAGCCAUUAACUGCCCUCAACUUCAUCCCAAAUCUGCUCACUUUGUGGAGCCUUGCAGGUUAUCAAGAUGGAAGGCGGAGUUCGGUGAGCCGGGAUAGUGUGAGUGGAGUCAGGGUGGAUGAAACCCCUGUACGUCAUCACUGGGGUCGCCGUCACCAUCUGCUCCUUUUGUUUCAGCCCAGAACAUGAAGUUCACACAGCCCAGGUUAUUAAUGGUUUGUAGCAUUUUCGCCAUCAGCAGAGUCCAGUCCCAUAGACAAGAGGACACAACAUCCACCGUGUCCUUGAAAGCCCUUGCAAUGUUCUCCAAUUGCCUCUUUCCCCAGACCCUUAGGAUUUAUUCUUUUUCGAGUGUAUAUCCAAAACCUACCAUCUUUCAUCAGCUCUUUAAUAAUAAUAUAUACAAAAACCUCUUUUCCGCCCCCCCCCCCACCCCAACUUUUGCCAAUUAACCUUAAAUCUUGCAUCCUUCUGGUUUCCGCCUCAUUGGUCCUCUCAGAUAUUGAUAUAGACACCAUCAAAUCCAUUGCAUCAUCGCCCUGUCCUCCUUGGUACCAGCCACUUCCUCUGGCAGCUCGUUUCUUGUACAUACCACCCUCUGUGUGGAAAGCAUUGUCCCUAAGGUUCUUGUUAAAUCUCUCCCCUCUCAACUUAAGCAUAUGCUCUCUAGUUCUUGAUUCCCCAACCCCUGGGAGUUCACCCUAUCUAUGCCCCUCAUGAUUUUAUACACCUCUAUAAGAUCACGCCUCAGACUCCUACACUCCCAAGGAAUAAAGCCCAAGCCUCCCCAACCUCUCCCUACAACUCAGGCCCUUGAGUCCUGUCAGCAUUCUUGUAAAUCUUUGCACCUUUCCCAGCUUAAUGGCAUCUUUCCUAUAACAGGGUGACCAAAACUGAACACAAUUCUCCAAGUGCGGCCUCACCAACAUCUUGUAUGACUGCAACAUAACAUCCCAACUCCUAUACUCAGUGGCCUGACUGAUGAAGGCGAGUAUGCCAAGAGCAGCCUUCACUAUCCUGUCUACCUGUGACCACCACCUGUUCCAGGGCUUAGGCUCAGUAACGAUGAGGGAAUGGCGAUGUGUUUCCAAGUUAGGUUGGUGUGUGAUUUGGAGGGAAACCUAUAGGUGACAGCCCUUUGAUAAAUGACCUGGAUGGUGGGCUAUUGACCAGUGUGGUGAAGGAUCACAGUGAAGCAGGGGUUGAUGAGGAGAAGCAGUGUUCAUCCAUCGACUACCACACAACUCCACAGACCUUGAGACACUCUGAUGCAGUUCCCUGCUCAACCAAAGGGUAUUGCGUUACUAUGGAUCAGCUGGGCAAUUCUAUUCUAUUAAGGUUGGCUGCUCAGUGUCCCGUGAGCCCAAUCCUUGCUCUGGCAUCCAGGCUGGCUACUCCUGGUCUGGCGGUUGUGUGAAGCAUACUCCUCCUAAAACCAACAUUUGUAGUCCUAGUUUCUGUGAAGUGCAGUCCCCUUCAUUUGCACUUCCGCGUGAGACUUUCACAGAGCUAGCAUGAACACAGAUGCACUGGCACAGGAACACAUUCAUGAAUAUUAACGGAUUUUUUUUAGUCUUUCGAUUUCGCCGUCACACCCGUGAGAUUGGAAGUACGACUUCCUCAGCUGCCUUUCUGGAAGAGACCUGAAGGUGCGCUGCCCCCAGUCCUGGUCACUUUGAACUGCUCCGUCAGAGUCAUAGACUCAUAGAGCCAUACAGCAGGGAAACAGGCCAUUCGGCCCAACUCAUCCAUGCUAAGUGUUGCUCGGUGAGCUAGUCCCAUCUGCCAGCAUUUGGCCCAGAGCCCUCUAAACCCCUCCUAUCCACGUACUUAUCUAGGUGGCUUUUAAGCAUUGCUAAUGUGCCCAUCUCGACCACUGUUUCUGGCAGCUCAUUCCCAAUACGCCCCACCCUUUACAUGAAGAAGCUGCCCCCAAUGUCCCUUUUAAAUCUCUCGCCUCUGAUCUUAAACCUGUGCCCUCUUGUUUUUAGUACCCCUUCCCUGGGAAAAAGACUAUGUGCUUUCACCCUGUCUAUGCCCCUCAUGAUCUUAUAUACCACCAUCAGGUCACCCCUCAAUCUCCUACGUUCCAGGGAAUAAAGUCCUAGUUCACACAACCUCUCCUCCAGGGCCCCAAGUCCGGGUAACAUCCUGGUAAGAGUCUAAUCUGACUGGAGCUCUCGCAUGCCAGCAGAUUCAGAUCCCACCGUCCCCCCACCCCCUUCUGUUUUCCUAGCAGCCCUUUGCCAAUGGAGGGGGCACACCCUUAUUGCUAUACUCUCAUGGGGACUAUAAUCUGAUGCUGGGUCACUUCUACAGUUGUAGAUGGAACAGAUCAUAUGUGGUGUAGUUGACACCCUGUCCCUGCCAGCCUCGGAAGUUGGAGUUAGCUGCUCUGUUGGUCUCAUGACCCAAGAGACAGGCUGGCCUGAUUGGAUGGGAAAGAUUCCCAUUGCAUGCUGGACACAGACAGAGACUUCUCAAAUACUGCUUUUCCCUCAGGUACUCAAUGGUAUGUUUGGAAAAAGAUGUCAAUAUUUGUAUAAAGGAUAAAAAAAAAGUAACAUUGCGACCUGUUUACUGUGUGAGUGUGUGUGUGUGUGAGUAUAUUUUCUAACUACAAGAACUUUCCUCAGUUUUUCCUCCCCAGAUCUCAGCCGAUAAAUGGCUGCCAAUAUGGGGCUUUAAUUUAUUUUGUUUCCAGAGGCUAUUUACCCUUCCUGCCCUGUCUUUCUGUUUCAAUCCAGUCCGAGAGAGCUUGGUGAGGGGAAAUUCGGUGACCUUUGAUCAUGUUAAAGGAGCCGCCACCUAAGCUACAGUAACAUCAUUAAUAAGCUUCAACUGGAAUAUAAAGAGUUGCUUGCUCCUUUAAGAGAGGUUUUUAAUGAAUUGGAUUUUCUGUAAUCUUCACAAUUUCUAUUUUUCUCUUGAUUCUAAUUGGUUGAUGUUUUCCAGAGAAUGGGGAGGUAAACUAAAUAGCAUUAGUGUUUGGAGGCUUUCUGUCAAAUUUAGUUGAAUUGUGCUCCUGUGAAGCAGGUUUCUAAGGUGUUUUACUGUUGAAACUGCUUGACGUCAGGCUGUUUAUUGUUGACUGGCAUCAAUGACACUUGAGAAUGGUGGAUACUCUGAUCAUCGAUCGCCAAUCAAUGUAUUGAUCUUAAAUAUGCUAAGGAUGGCCCGUAGACACUCAGGGCAAUGUGACCUUUCUAUUCUCAUCUGUCUGUGCAUGUGUGUGUGUCUCUCUUUCUGACUCUCUAUGUAUGUACGUCUCUCUCUCUCCCCUCUCUGUCUCUCUCACCAUGUGUGUGUGUCUCCCUCUGUCUCUGUGUGUGUCUCCCUCUGUCUCUGUGUGUGUCUCCCUCCCUGUGUGUGUGUGUGUGUGUGUGUGUGUGUGUUUGUGUGUGUGUCUCUCUCUCCCCCUCACACUCUCUGUCUCUGGGUGUCUCUCUCUCCCUGUGGGUGUAUGUAUCUCUCUCACCAUAUGUAUGUGUGUGUACAUGUCUCUCUCCCUCUCUCUCAUUCUUCUUUCAUUGUUCGCUAUUGUUUUCUCCUCUCUCCCCUCCCUCUCUCCCCUUGCCCACCAGGUGCACAGUUCUGUUAUCCCCCGAUGCUCAGCACUCUCAACCCUCCCAGAACCCCCUGCACUAUUCCCCAACCACGACAGGAACCCUGGAGACUAGAGCAGUCCUACUAUGGGACGUUACUCUCAUUUUCAGGGACUCAUUAACCUCAUUUGUCCCUCUUCCCCACACUGUGUCCUGUGGAAACCUGAUCAAUAUUCUAUCUCAACUUCUUCAGCAUCAACUUUCUUCUUUGUGUGUGUGUGUGUGUGUGUGUGUGUUUGCAUGCUUUCUCUGCCCUGGGCAAGUUGUGUGCAAUUGUGUUGCAUAGACCAGUCAAUGCAAGUCGUUGCAGAAUAAUGUUACAAAGAAAUGAAACUUGUAAUACUUUUUUUUAAAUCGACUUUUUCAGUGUUUUUAGUUUCUCUUUAUUAAGGAGGGAGGGAAGAUUGGAAGCCAAUUGUGAAAUGCGGUUCCCUUAGCUUGAAGUUUGAACCUCCUUUUGAGAUUUUGAGUUUGGAGGGAUGGAUCAAGAUUUCUCUGUUACAGCGACAUGAGACCUUAUCUAACUUUAAUUUAAGUGUACGUUUGUUCUCUUUGUGACCUGGUCCACAUUGGUCCACACAAAUGCUUGUACGUAGAUCGUACUGAAUUCAUUAUCGAAAGCCUUUGUGGCAUGACAGCAUUUUUGUUUAAGAUGGAAAUUGGAAAUAAAAAUUUGACAAUGUGAAUCUGUUUUGAUUUAUACAGUGUAAUAUAUGACCAUGUUUCUGUUAACAAGAGAGGUGAUCUCCCAUUAGGGGUGAUUUAAAUUUAUUAGUACUUUCAAAAUAAAGUGGAA